CCCGCAACAUUCGAGCACCAGGCCCAGCAACAGGUCAAUUCGAGCUCUGAACAGGCUCAGCCAGCAGCAGUCUGAAACCAGCGAGCGAACACGCUCCGAAACCGCAAAGCCGAGCCCCGAUAAAUGCUGUUGCAGGCCAGAAGGGGUCUUGUGCACCGCCCGAGCCCGGCGGCGGCCCAGUGCGCCUAUCGCGUUCUUCACAGGCAGAGGCCCCGCUCGCUGCUGUCUUCACCACCUCCGUCACCGCUUCCUUCUUCUUCUGUCUUUGCCCGCCACUUCCGCUCCCCAAUUGAAUUCAAAAUGUCGCUCGACCAGCAGUAUCUCGAUAUCGACGACGCGAAGGACUACAAGUUCUCGUCGCGGAGGUCCGUCGUGCACUCGCUCGAUGGAAUUGUCUCUUGCACUCAGCCCAUGGCCGCUCAGGCUGGUCUGAAGAUGUUGCGCAUGGGCGGAAACGCGGUCGACGCCGCCGUUGCCACCGCUGCCGCGCUCACCGUCAUCGAGCCGAUGAUGGUCUCCCCCGCCGGAGACGUCUUCUCCCUCUUCUGGAGCGCAAAGGACAAGUCCCUGAAGGGUCUUAACGGUUCCGGCCGCUCGCCCCAGAAACUGACGAUCGACUACCUCAAGUCGGUUGGCAUCACGGGCCACAAGCUCCCCCCCAACUCGGUGCACUGCGUCACCGUCCCCGGCGGUCCUGCCGCCUGGGUCGACGCGAUCGAGAACUGGGGUUCGGGCAAGAUCACGAUUGCGGACGCGCUUGCGCCUGCGAUCGAGUUUGCCGAGUUUGGCGUGCCGAUUCCCGAGAUUGCUUCGCAGCUCUGGUACCGCGGAAAGAACAUCAUUGCCAACAACUCCGAGAACGGCAAGGACAUGCUUCUUGCCGACGGAUCGACGCCCAAGCAGGGUGACCUGUGGGUCAACAAGAAGCUCGCGGAGACGUACAAGCUCGUUGCGAAGAACGGCAAGGCUGGAUUCUACGAGGGUCCCGUUGCCGAGCGCAUCGUCGACCAGGUCCAGAGCAUGGGCGGUGUGAUGACGCUCGAGGACAUGAAGAGCCACACGUCGACCUUCGUCGACCCGAUCUCGAUCGACUUCAACGGCCUCACGCUGUGGGAGUGCCCUCCCAACGGCCAGGGACUGCUCGCGCAGCUCGCGACCGGAAUCAUCCGCGAGAUGAUCGAGGACAAGAUCGUGCCCCCUCCGUCCGAGUGGGUGCUCAACUCGGUCGAGUACUUGCACAUGGUCAUCGAGUCGCUCAAGAUGGCGUUCCGCGACGGAGAAGAGUACGUCGCCGACCCCGAGCGCGCAAAGGUUCCCACCGCUGCGCUUCUCGAAAAGUCGUACCUCAAGGCCCGCGCGAAGGAGUUCGACCCCAAGAAGGCCGUGCCGCAGUACGCGCCCGGUCUGCCCAAGACCGCGAACGACUCCGACACCGUGUACCUCUCUGUGACCGACAAGGAAGGAAACGCGUGCUCGUUCAUCAACUCCGUCGCGGGCAUGUUCGGCACCGGAAUCGUGCCCAAGGACUCUGGCUUCCCGCUGCUCAACCGCGGCGUCAACUUCAUCCUCGACCCGACCGCGCUCAACGCGCUCGAGGGCGGCAAGCGACCGUACCACACCAUCAUCCCCGCCAUGCUCACCAAGGACGACGACAUCUACGCCGCCUACGGUGUCAUGGGCGGCUUCAUGCAGCCCCAGGGCCAUCUGCAGGUCCUGCUCAACCACUCGGUCUUUGGCCUCGACGAGCAGAAAUCCCUCGACGUGCCCCGUAUCUGCAUCACCCCCGGCCGCGUGGUCGACGGCGUGACGCUGACGAACGUGAACGUAGAGGCUGAGAUCAGCGACGAGGUGGUCGAGAAGCUCAAGGCGCUCGGCCACGAAAUCACGCGCCAGAAGCGCUACGAUCCGUUGUUUGGCCGUGGCCAGUUCAUUAAGCUUACCAAGCUUGACAACGGCAAGAUCGUCCACAGCGCUGGAAGUGACCCGCGUGGUGACGGUGCUUCGUUCCCUUUCUAUGCUUAAAUAGUUGAUGCGUAGGUGAAGAAAAGUGAUUGAUAUUUAAUGUGGUGAUGGCACGGCUACGACGAUUUGUUCAUUUGUUCAAUAUUUUCAAUAGUUCAGAACGACUUAAUGCAAGACUUAUAAAUAUCUUAAGAGAAUCGA